AUGGUUCUGUGCUACCAAAUGGCUGUGGGCCUCAACAAGGGCCGCGAGGUGACCGCGAACGUGGGCAAGCUGAGGCACAGCCGCCGCUGUGGGAGCCUCAGCAAACACACCACGUUCAUGCGGGACGUGAUCUGGGAGGUGUGCGGCUUCACCCCUUAUGAGCACCAGGCCAUGGAGCUGCUCAAGGUCUCCAAGGACACGUGGGCCCUCAAGUUCAUCAAGUAA